AGUUGGUGAGAGGGGAAUCUCUAUGUACAACUUCACACUCUCUCACACACUCUUUUCAUUUCUUUUCCAUCAUUGAGAAGAAACAAUUCGAUCAAAUCAUUCAAGAGUAAAGUAGAGUUUUUACAUAAGAAAAUACUCAACAACACUUAUGGGUUCAGGUAGUUUUCUCAAGGUGUUGCUCAACAACUUUGAUGUUCUUGCUGGGCCUGUCAUUACACUGGUUUACCCCUUAUAUGCUUCAAUAAGGGCAAUUGAGACGAAAUCUCGUCUUGAUGAUCAACAAUGGCUUACUUACUGGGUCCUUUAUUCCAUGAUUACUCUUUUUGAGCUCACUUUUGCUAAACUCAUUGAACACCUUCCAUUCUGGUCUUACGUGAGACUUGCGGCUACAUGCUGGUUGGUCUUGCCCUACUUCAGUGGUGCUGCAUAUGUUUAUGAACAUUUUGUUAGACCAACGUUCGUUAACCCGAAAACAGUUAACAUUUGGUAUAUUCCAAGUGGAAAAAAGAAUGUCUUCAGUAAGCAAGAUGACAUCCUAACAGCUGCAGAGAGAUACAUCGAAGAAAAUGGAACGCAAGCAUUUGAGAAGCUCAUUAGCAGGGCUGAUAAAGAAACCAGGUCCAGAAGGAGUAACAAUCCCCUGGUUUUCGACGGUGACGAUUAUAGAUAUUAAAUAUGUUUGUUGUGGGUGUCUUCGUAUUUUCUCUCCAACUAAUCACUUCCUCAAGGUGAGGCUAAACAUUACAUUGGUAUAGUUUCUAUAGUAGAUUGAUCGUUAUGGAUGUUCAGACUGUUUUGUUAUCUCCACCAAGCCAGGAUGCACGUCUUUUGGUAUUGAUGUUUUUUCUCUCUUUGCAAUAGAGAUAACCUGUCAUGCUCAUAAAUCAUAUUGUACAUGUAAAUCCUUUAUCAUAUUUCACUUGAGCAUCUGGUUUAGCUUUAUCAAGCCAUGAGAUAUGCGUCUAUUUUGUUGCAAUGCAGCCUUUGUUAUUGCUUAA